UUGAAUGGGACAGGGUACAUCAAACUACAGCGCUUGUUUUGCAGCGAGAUAGGACACAUGUGGCACGGCACAGGCUGUAAAUAGUCCGUCGUCGCUUUUUCUGCUGGAUUACUGCUUGGAGAAUUCUGGACUGUAUUAGGCUCUACUAUAAAUGGAGUAACAGUUCAACUUUUUAACGGGUUUUACUCUGGUUGGAUCUGCUCUACGAUGAGUGAAGAGGAGCUAAGAAGCUCCCCCGCUGCUUUCAGAGAGUGAGGAGGAUUAGGCUGGUGCUCAGUGGAGGCACGACGGCACUCUCACACGGCAACCGGAGCUGGAGCCAUGAGCAGGGCGCUUACGGAGCACAUCAUCAGUAGCUUCCGAGAAGAUGCUCCUCGUCCUCCGGUACCGGGGGAGGAGGGAGAGGCGUCAUGCUACAACCCCAGCAGAUCUGCCAAAAUGAGAGCCCAGAGCAAGGUUAAAGAUAUCCCCGCCGCCUCCGCGCCUCCCGGCUCCACGCCGCGGAGGAACGAGGAUGGACUCGGGGAGCCAGAGGGCAGCGCGUCCCCGGACUCGCCCCUAGUCCGGUGGACAAAGUCACUGCAUUUUCUCCUGGGUGACCAAGACGGCGCUCACCUCUUUAGGACCUUUUUGGAGCGGGAGAAUUGCGUGGACACUUUGGACUUUUGGUUCGCCUGCAACGGCUUCAGGCAAAUGGACUUAAAGGAUACCAAAACGUUACGAGUUGCCAAAGUUAUUUUCAAGCGGUACAUCGAGAACAACAGCAUUGUGGCCAAGCAGCUGAAACCGGCCACCAAGACCUUCAUAAAGGAUAGUAUUAAGAAACAACAAAUAGACUCGGCCAUGUUUGACCAGGCACAGACGGAAAUUCAGUCAAACAUGGAAGACAAUGCAUACCAGAUGUUUUUGACCUCUGACAUAUACCUCGAAUACGUGCGCACGGGCUGUGAGAACGCAGCAUACAUGAACCACGGGAGUAUCGGCAGCCUGAAGUUGAUGUGCGGAUACCUUCCUCCUCUCAUGGAGGAAGAGGAGUGGAGUUGUAAUGACCUGAAGGCAAAAACGUUAGGGUCUGUUGUUGGACUGUCUGCGAAAACCCUGAGGGCUACUGCUACCAUCCGGACAGCAGCUGCAGUGCUGGAGAAUAGUUGCAGGCCCCAUCGUCGAGGAGACCCUGCCAGCCCUUACUUUGUCAACUCCGGAUACAUUUUUGCCCCCGCCACCAGUGCCAACGACAGCGAGAUCUCCAGCGAUGCUACGACGGAUGAUUCCAUGUCCAUGACAGACAGUAGCGUAGAUGGAAUCCCUCCAUAUAAACUGGGCACAAAGAAGCAACUCCAGCGAGAGAUGCACCGCAGUGUCAAGAUCAAUGGCCAGAUUACACUACCCCACUUUCCUAGGACACAUCGGCUGCCUAAGGAGAUGACCCCUGUGGAGCCGUCGGCCUUUGCUGCACAGCUCAUAUCCAAGCUGGAGAAGCUGAAGCGAGAGCAGGACACCAUAAGCUCGUUGGAGGAGAGGCUGCAGCAGAUCCAGGAGGAGGAGGAAAGGGAGGAGAGCAGUGAUCCCACCAGCAGCACCUCCAUCCAACACCCUCUGCUCCCGUCUGGCAGUCAGUGUGAGGAAGACCCUCAGGCUAUCCUGGACGAGCACCUGUCCCGUGUGCUGAAGACACCCGGCUGCCAGUCACCAGGUGUGGUUCGGCACUCGCCACGCUCUCGCUCUCCAGAUCAGACAGAAGCUCUGGUGUCCUCUGGCCACGGGCCCUUCUUCGGUGCCUACCCUGGGGCAGCCAAGGUUCUCAUGACUGGCCGUCAGUCCACAAAGCACAUCCACCACCACUACAUCCACCAUCACCACGCUGGGCCCAGGACCAAGGAGCAGAUUGAGGCCGAGGCGGCUCAGCGCGUGCAGUGCCUCUGCCCUCCAGGGGGCGCCAAUUAUUCCGACUUCACCCCUGCUCGCUGCAGCACUUUGUCCAAGCGGCCAAUCAAGGCCAUCGAUGAGGGCGUGUCCACCCGCCUUCCCCUAGAUGCCACCGACCGCUCUCAGAAUGUUUGGCAGUGGAUCCUCGAGAGUGAGAGGCAGGGCAAGCAUAAGCCACACAGCACACAAGGCCUAAAGAAGUCCAACCCUCUCGACUCAAAGACUCUGCCCAGCCGGACUCACUCCUCUUGGGGCGGAGGCGGCAUUGGCAGCGGAGCUCACCUCCGUGGCCACCACCCCGGCCACCCUUUCAUCCAGGACCCGGCCAUGCCCCCCCUACCCCCACCCAACACCCUGGCACAGCUGGAGGAGGCCUGCCGCAGACUAGAAGAAGUCUCCAAGCCCCCAAAACAAAGGCAUUCAACAGCAGCCAGCAGCCUUCCGAGAGACAGAAGCCAUCCGGCAGCUGGAGGCACCCCGCUCUCCAGCCCCGGACUCACAGCAGACGAGUCUAAGGAGCUCAUGGUCACCUACUUCUUCUGUGGUGAAGAGAUUCCUUAUCGCAGCAUGAUGAAGACCCACUGCCUCACCCUGGGACACUUCAAAGAACAGCUUAGCAAGAAAGGCAACUACCGGUACUACUUCAAGAAAGCCAGCGAUGAGUUUGAGUGCGGUGCCGUGUUCGAGGAGGUGUUGGAGGAUGCCAACUUGUUGCCCAUGUACGAGGGCAAGGUCCUGGGCAAGGUGGAGAGGAUGGACUGAAAGCCACUUUGUUGCCAACCAACCCUUCUCCCGCCCAACCAAAAGCUAAACUGUCCCUAAAGAAACUUGAGCAAGAGACUCUUUGUAAUUAACAAAAAAUACUCUAGACUCCUAUUUUUUUUUUUUUUCUAUUUCUUAAUAUUAAGCUAAACAGAGUUAAUAUAUCCAGCACAAGAGGAGCGAUUGAAGGAAGACGAGCCAAUGAAGUAUGCCGAACCCAGAGGAGGCACCGCCCCUCCCUGACUUUAUCAACCAAUCAGCCU